CACAGCACAACCCGUAGCUCGAAUUACCACCCCAUGUGGCGGGACCGUGCAUUAGAUCAACAGAGCCUGUUAAAAUCUCUCUCCCUCUCUCUCUCUCUCUGCAAAACCAUAUUCAGAGCUGCUUUGGUUUAGAUUUGAGUUGACAAAUGGGGAAAAGGAAGUCAAGGGCUAAGCCACCCCCAAAGAAGCGAAUGGACAAGCUUGAUACUGUCUUCAGUUGCCCCUUCUGCAACCAUGGAACUAGUGUUGAAUGUCGUAUUGAUAUGAAGAACUUGAUUGGUGAGGCUUCUUGUGGGAUAUGCCAAGAGAAUUUCAGUACAACUGUAACCGCUUUAACUGAACCCAUAGAUAUAUAUAGUGAAUGGAUCGACGAAUGUGAGCGGGUCAACAACCUUGAAGAUGAUGGUGCUUAGGAAGCUUUCUUUCAUGAAGUCAUAAUUCUGGUUCUCUUAAGCAGAGCAAACCGGAAAGUAUGUAGUCUUUGUGCUUGUAUCUUGUAUUGAGUCUACCUUGUUGGCGAGGAUGUUCUAUUCCUGAUUUCCAUAUAGGAUGUAUUGCAUGUAUAUAGUCUGACAUCGAUAAAUAUAUGAGCAUUGCAAUUUAGUUUGUGCUUUGAGAACAUUUCAAGUCAGAUGCUUUAUUAGUGUAAGACAGACUAGACAAGAAGUUACCUUUUGAGGGCAA